AUGCUCUCCACAUUGUUCCAGUCUGGAAACGAUGGUUCUAUCAAGCGCGCUUUAUCUCUGUGUGCCAUCCUUGCUGUUGCAACCCCUGCAGCGAGUGUGAACAUCACCUCCACACAGGUUCUGGCCAGCAGGGGUGUCGGAGAUUAUCCGUACUACCGAAUUGUUGGCUUGGUCAACCUGUGGAAUGGUAUCAUCCUAGCCUCGUAUGACGGGCGCCCCAAUGGAGGUGAUUCGCCCGCCCCGAACUCCAUCAUGCAGCGACGGAGUACUGAUAGCGGCCGGACUUGGGGUGCGCCCACAUACAUCGCCAAAGGUCAAGCCGGGACCUCGACCCUCCAGCAGUACGGUUUCAGUGACCCAAGCUACGUGUCCGACUACAAGACUGGAAAGGUUUUCAAUUUCCAUGUCUUCUCGAAGAAUCAGGGAUACCUCGGUGGCGUUGUCGGAGACGACGAUACCAAUCUGAGUAUCGUUAGUGCCGAAGUCUCGGUUUCGACCGAUAAGGGAAUUAGCUGGUCCACCGACCCAACCAACCAGCCCUCUCUACCUCCUGUUGCAUCGAGCGUUCUUGGUGCACCCCCUCUUAUUACCAAGGCCAUCAAGCCCCUGGGUAGCACUGUGAACGGAGUUGCCAAUGUCGGUGGAAUCGCUGGACUGUUUGCCUCAUCUGGAACAGGCAUUCAGAUCAGAUAUGGCACAUACGCCGGCCGCCUGGUUCAGCAGUUCCUCGGCAGAGUCGUCCAACCCAGCGGUAACAUCAUCUCGCAAGCCUACAGCGUUUUCAGCGACGAUGGUGGCGCUACUUGGCAGAAGGGAAAUGUCAUCGGCACCGGAAUGGACGAGAACAAAGUCGUCGAGCUGUCCGAUGGCACUUUGAUGAUGAACUCGCGCCCCAGUGACGGCAGCGGAUACCGCAAGGUGGCAACCUCAACCGAUGGUGGUGCGAACUGGACAGUCCCAGUUUCAGAGACCCAGCUCCCUGAUCCAGGAAACAAUGGAGCAAUUACGCGAGCCUACCCUGAUGCGGCACAGGGCUCCGCCAACUCCAAGAUUCUCCUGUUCACCAACGCAAACAGCAAGACUAGCCGAAGCAACGGCACAGUCCGCUACUCCUGCGACGAUGGAAAGACUUGGUCUGCUGGUGUCGUCUUCCAGGCUGGUGCAAUGGCCUAUUCCGAUAUCAUUGACCUCGGCGGUAACCGAUACGGAAUCUUUUACGAGGGCACCAACAACGACCUCGUCUACAUUGAGGUCUCCAAGGAAUUCAUUGGCGUUUCUUGCUAA